AUGACAUCUUACGCCGCAAAGCUGGUAGCCAAGAAGCUAUUCAAAGAGAAUUCAGCCAACAAAGGCGGCCGUGAGGAUCCCUUCUUCGAGACGAUACCCGCUACCAGGCUCGGAGGACUCUACAAAACCACAAAGAAGCGAAGAAGAGCUCUCCCUCCAGGCCUGACCCCAGAAGAGGAGAAGAUUCUUACCAAGGCGAAAAGACGAGCCUAUCGCGUCGACCUUUGCCUGGGAAGCUUUUUGGGCACAAGAUUCGGCUGGGGCGCGGUCAUUGGCUUGAUACCUGGUAUUGGUGACUUCCUGGACCUCUUCCUUGCACUGAUGGUCUACCGCACCUGCUGCUCCGUUGAACCACAAUUAUCCGCAUCCAUCAAAACGCGCAUGCAAAUGAAUGUUCUCAUUGACUUCGUGGUUGGGCUCGUCCCCUUUGUCGGUGACCUCGUGGAUGCGGCAUACAAGUGCAACACCAGAAAUGUGGUUCUGCUCGAGAAGGAAUUGCGCGCGCGUGGUCAGAAGAGGAUUAAGGGUACUCCGCAGGCCAAUGUUGCAGACCCAAGUCUUCCAGAUGAGUUCGAUUACCAGAACGAGGAGGGUAGACUGAAUGCCCAGAACGGUCCUCCCCCGAGAUAUACUUCACGACGAGAGUCCAGGAGGUCAAAUCGAGAGAGGCAACGAGACGUCGAAGCCGCGGAAGGUGUACCUCCGCCCAUGCCUGCUCGGACCCGUUGA